AUGGCCGGCCAUCAACCCAGCAGGCUGGGCGCCUUCGCUCGCCGUCUCCUUUUCUCUGCCUUUGAUCGAGAGGAGCAAGGCUUUCCUCCGAUGAGCGGGCAGGCUAUUCCACCCCACCCCAUGAUGGCAGACGGUCAGCAACAACACCCAGGUCCCAUGGGCCCUGGCGGUCCAGGACAGGGCGACUUCCCACCGAAACGCCUCACGCUCUCAACCACCGAAGCCGGCUCUCUCAUCCCUUCCCAUGACAAACUCCUCAUCUUCCGCGCCCUCACCGGCAUCGACAGCGUCCCCGCCCUCGAAGCGCUGAACCAAUUCGCCCGCUCCGCCCCCAACGUCGGCAUCUACACGCGAGUCGUCCAAGCCGAACAAGCCUCCGCGCAACGCUACCGCUUCUUCAGCAUUCUCAUCAACACCUGCCUGGGCAUCCAAAUCGUCGUCGCUGCUGCAUUGACCGCCAUCGGCGCCGCCUCGGGCCCCCACUCCGCUGUCACGGCCUUCGGCGCAAUCAACACCAUCAUGGCCGGCGUUCUCACCUACCUCAAGGGCUCCGGCCUCCCGGACCGUCUAAAACACUACCAGAACGAGUGGCGCAAUAUCCGCGAAUAUAUUGAGCAGCGCGAGCGCGAGCUAUGUCUGGAUGGUUGCAUGCUCGAUAUCCAGGAGGAGAUCCAGAUCAUCGAGCAUAUGUAUGAAGGCGUGAAGCGGGAGCUGGAGGCUACGAAAAGUGGCGGUGAAAAUCGUGCAGCACAGCAGCCGGGUCAUCGGAGAUCGUUCCUGCCUGGUCGUCCGUUCCCACCGCCGCAGUCGUCUUCGUCGCUGUAUCCUAUGCAGUCGCAUUCACAGCUGCAAAUGCAACCGCCGAUGCAACCGCCGAUGAUGCAGACAGAAGGGCAGGGACAUGGACAGACACGGCCACCAAUGUCACCUUAUCCUAUGCAUCCGCAUCCGCAAUCACAACCGCAAAUGCCGAUGCAGAUGCAGAUGCAUACGCAGAUGCAAGGGCAUGAGCAGACUAGGCCGCCGAUGUCGAUGCCACCGAUGCGGGAACCGUCGGGGGCGAGCUCGGUGACCAUGCCGGAGCCGACUUUCUCGAUGGAGAAACACUGA